GGGAACCGGGAAUAAGCCCCUUCUGCCCCUCCGUGAAGGGAACCGUGAACGAGCCCUGUCCGCCCUCUCAGUGAGGGAAACUGGGAUAGAAUGAGCCCCGUCCGACCCUCCGUGAGGGGAACCGGGAAUGAGCCCUGUCCGACCUCUCAGUGAGGGGAACCAGCCGGGACUGCCGCAAUACGUGGAAUAUGUCAAGAUUCUCUUAAGUCAGGAUGUUUUUUGGUGUACGCUCUUUGUGUACUUUUAAGCCUCAUCAGCAAGGGAGGAGACCUAAUGAGUGCAACGGGCAGCAGGAGCAUCCCUUGGUCAAGGACAUCUGGGAACUAACAAGAUUUAAGGAUGUAGUAAAUCAAGAUGUCGAUGUAUGUCUAUGAAUACACGGCUAACUUGGCAAAAGACUUAAGGAGACAGGUGAGUGCUGCUGGAUAAGAGCCUCAAGCAGCCAGACUGAAGGAUUUGAUGAAAUGCUCCUGUUGUGAUACUUCACAGCCUGUCGAGGUUGGUUACCUGAUCCUCGGCCGUACCUGAACCUCAUUGUUGCAGCGUUUAAUAACUGAAUAUCCAGACGACCUAUAAAGGUGCCUUUGAGGAAAGAAUGAUGGGAAAAGAGUCGACAUUCCCGGCUCGAAAUGGGCAACAAGCAAACCAUUUUCACUCAAGAGCAACUGGAUGCGUAUCAGGACUGCACAUUUUUCACAAGGAAAGAGAUCCUGAGGUUGUUUUACAGGUACCGAGAUCUGGCCCCUCAGCUCGUUCCCCUCGACUACACAGACAAACCAGCUGUGACGCUGCCCUACGAGCUCAUUGCCAGCAUGCCAGAGCUCAAGGACAACCCGUUCCGGCAGCGGAUUGCAGAGGUGUUCUCCGAGCACGGCGACGGCAACAUGACUUUGGAUGAUUUUCUGGACAUGUUCUCAGUGCUCAGUGAAAUGGCUCCCAGAGACUUGAAAGCUUAUUAUGCUUUUAAAAUUUAUGAUUUUAACAAUGAUGAUUACAUAUGCAAAUCAGACCUAGAGAAAACUGUUAACAAAUUAACCCGAAAUGAGCUGACCCCAGAAGAAGUCAGCCUGGUUUGUGAAAAGGUCAUUUACGAGGCUGAUGUGGACAAUGAUGGCAAACUGUCCUUGGGAGACUUUCAGCACAUGAUCCUACGAGCCCCAGAUUUCCUCAGCACAUUUCACAUUAGGAUCUGAAUCCAGUGAAACACAUGGAUGGAAGCUCUUCUGGAACCUUAAAAAACCAUCACUUCACCCAAGAUUACCAACCACAAGAGCACAAAAUGAGAGGGGCAAAGACUGCAGUUACUUGUGGUGACUGAGCCAGUCAGAAAACUGUUCUUGUUUUCCUCUUUUAUAGGAUCAAUUAAUUAAGCUACUGCAUCAAGAUUUCCCUGGAAUUCAACAAAAUGUCUAUUCCCCCUCAGCUAGAGCAAACCUGGCCUGGACAGUGAGAUGGGAAGUAUUCUUUUAAAGUUCAGAUACCACCAGGUAGUAAAGGAGCUUGUAGAGCUUCUAAAAAUUCCCAAGAAAAUGCCUUAACCAGGAAAAAAACCCCACUUGAGAACAGUUUCCAAAACACUGUGAUUAAUCAAAACUGUGUAAGCAACUCCUGAUCAUUUACAGUCUUAAUAAACGCUCCACUGAAUCAAUUUGCAGAUGUAUUCUCCAGAGUGCAGGAUUUACAACAAGAAACCCUUCCCCAGGUUCUGUCCCUCUUCUCUAAUUUCAGAAAUCCCCCUGUUUUCCACAGCA